AUGGGUUUCCGCGGUGGUUUGAGGCCGCCCGUGACGCGCCUCUGCUUCGUCCUCCUGUGCCUGUGCGCCUCGUGCCUCUGCUCCUUGUCCGAUGCCAAGAGGACGCCGCGGCCUACGCCUACAACCAAGAAGCCACCGCCAGCGUCGUCCCAGCAGAGCCCGGCUGCGGCGGCGGCCUCGUAUCCAGCUCUCCCCGUCCGGGCGGUGUGCCUCGGCGGUUGGCUCGUCACCGAGGGCUGGAUACUGCCCUCCCUCUUCGACGGCAUCCCCAACAAAGAUCUCCUGGAUGGCACGCAGGUGCAGUUCAAGUCAACGCUGCGGAAGACGUACCUGACCGCGGACCAGGGCGGCGGCGGCGCCGUGGUGGCCAACCGGACGCAGGCCUCCGACUGGGAGACGUUCAAGCUGUGGAGGACGAACGACACGACGUUCAACUUCCGGACGGCCGGCAACCAGUUCGUGGGCAUCGGCGCCAGCGACGGCAUCAUCGUCGCGACGGCCACCACGCCGACCCUGCAGGAGACGUUCCAGAUAGUGCGCUGCCCCUUCGACAAGAACAGGGUCCGGAUCAAGGCGGCCAACGGCUACUUCGUCCAGGCAGUAGCAACCGGCGAGGUGAUAGCGGACUACGGUGAACCCACACGGUGGUCCGACUUCGACGCGUCGGUGUUCCUCAUGACCAAGGUUGGGGAGCAGCUGCAAGGGGAGUACCAGCUCUGCAACGGCUACGGCACCGACAAGGCCACGCCACUGCUCAGGGACCAUUGGAGCACCUACAUAGUUGAGGAUGAUUUCAAGUUCUUCGCAUCAAGCGGGCUGACCGCAGUGAGGAUCCCAGUAGGAUGGUGGAUCGCCAGUGACCCCAACCCUCCGGCUCCGUACGUCGGAGGUUCCCUCCAAGCCCUGGAUAACGCCUUCAAAUGGGCAGAGAAGUACAAGCUGGGUGUCAUCAUUGACUUGCACGCAGCUCCCGGAUCACAGAACCCCUGGGAGCACAGCUCCUCCAGAGACGGCACGCAGGAGUGGGGAACAACAGACGCCAACAUUGCGCAGACGGUGCAAGUCAUAGAUUUCCUCGCAUCCAGAUACGCGACGAGCCCGAGCCUGUUCGCAGUGGAGCUGAUGAACGAGCCGCUGGCGCCUCGAGCGACCUUGGGCAGCCUCACCAAGUACUACCGCGACGGCUACGACGCCGUCCGGAAGCACUCGUCGACGGCCUACGUGGUCAUGUCCAACCGCCUGUCGUCGGGGAACUCCACGGAGCUUCUCCAGUUCGCCGGCGGGUUCCAAGGCGCGGUCAUCGACGUGCAUUACUACACCGUGUUCAACGGGAUGUUCAACAACUUCACCGUGCAGCAGAACAUCGACUUCAUCAGGACCAACUUCUCCGGCGAGCUCACCUCCGUCACCACCCAGAAUGGCCCGCUCACCUUUGUUGGAGAGUGGGUUGCGGAGUGGAAGGUGCCAAACGCAACCAAGGAAGAGUACCAGAAGUACGCAGCAGCGCAGAUGAAUGUGUAUGGACAGGCCACGUUUGGAUGGUCCUAUUGGACUGCCAAGAAUGCCAACAACCAUUGGGAUCUCGAGUGGAUGAUUAAAAACGGAUACAUCUCAUUGAAAGGCUAG